ACAGACAGACCGACCAACAGAGAGCGAGUGAAUGAGUGAGAGAAAGAAAGAAAGAGAGACUUAGAGAGAGAGAGAGAGAGAAACCAAAAAAAAAGAUUGGAGAAUAUGAUGAUUUCUUCAACAACGACGAGAAGUCAUCUUCUCACUCUCCCUCCAUUCCUUCUCACAUCAACAACACCAAUACCAACGAAUGGAAUCCUUCUUUUCCCUAUUCGAAACGACAAUCACAACUCCGACCCUCCUACUGACACCAUCCCCUUUCAUUACUGUUGUUAUUAUUGUGGUUGGCACCAUCAAUUUCGCCCUUUUCUGUUGAAACAAGGGCUGAAUUUUUUUUAGGUGUAGUAGUCGAGAUUCUUUGUGGGUUAUCUGAAUUUGAGGAAGAUGUUAGGGGGACGAGCAGGAGGAGGUAAUGAAAACAUGAUAUUCCCUGGGUUUGUCGAGGAAAAUCGUGUCCAUGCUGAUACCAAUACGUUGCCUCAGUUCCACUUAUUUGGAAAUGAAUCUUAUGCAGUUCCAAUUCAGUGCGGUGGUGGCAUUAGCAUCCUAAACGGUAUGGGAAACGAGCAUACACCCACUGACAAUCGGCCCACCAAAAGAGUAAGGGAAGAGGAACCUGUAUAUAGAAAGCAGAAGCUUGGCAUGUCAUUGGAUUGCAACGUUCAUCGAGACGAUGCUGGCCAUAUUGGAAACUUUUUAAAUCCUAAUCCUGUAUCAACUGGGCUCAGACUUUCUUGUGAGAAAGAAGAGCGUAGUUCCUCCAUUACUUCGACCUGUGAGAACAUGACGAACACCCUUCCUGGUGUUCUUUCACUUGGUAAUGCUGUAAAAUUGGAGAUAGAUCGACAGAUGGAAGAAUUUGGCCAAUAUAUUACACUUCAGGAAGAUAACAUCUGGAAGAGUGUAAGCGAGUUAAACAAACGGCAUACAAUUUCUUUGUUGCAUGCUCUGGAAAAACGAGUCAGCACAAAGCUGCACGAGAAGGAGCUCGAAAUAGAGAAUAUAAGCUGCAAGAACAAGGAGUUAGAGGACAGAAUAAAGCAAGCGUCAAUGGAAGCUCAGUCGUGGCAAUACAGAGCAAAGCACAAUGAAUCAGUGGCCAAUAUCCUCAAAAGCAAUAUUCAGCAGCUCAUGGCACAGGGGACGGCCCAAGAUCGUGAAGGAACCGGUGACAGUGAGGUAGAAGAUGCUGUUUCUUGCACAAAUCACCCCGAAAAUCAACAACUCCAGGACCAUCGGCUACGAUGCCGAGCUUGCAAUGGUAAACGAGUCUCGAUUCUAUUGUUGCCUUGCAGACACUUGUGCCUGUGUGCCGAUUGUGAAGGAUUCGUCAACGUAUGCCCCGUCUGCCAGGUGAGGAAGUCUGCUAGCGUUCCUGUAUACAUGUGAUGGUGAAAAUAUCAGAAGGUCAUUGAUUUCUUCUGUGCAUUUUAAGUAUAAAAAUUACAGAAAAUAUCAGCACCGCGAAAUCGAAAAUGUAUUAAAUAAGUAUUAACAUUGUGCAACUAUUCUUGAGGAUAAUUAUAUUUACAUCCUUUGAGUUAUGUUCAAAUUAUAGAAAUGAUUUCAUUUCCUGGAUGCAUUAUUGAUGUAGGACAUUAAUGUAAUUGUUCAAAUAAUAUGAAUCAUAGUUAAGGGGUAGGGGUGUUAAAAGUAA